GAGGAACCUUUCGCUCUUUUAAUGUUCUCUCUCUCUCUUUCUCUCUCUCUCUCUCUCUCUCUCUUUGUGGAGCAGUUACUGUUGCUUUGUGGUGCGGCAAAAUCCAGUGGGGGUUUUCUCCAAUUUUUUUUUUCCCCAAUUGUUUUUUUGGCGAAUUUAGCCGAUUUUAUCAUCUGGGUUUCAUUAUUUGGAUCGUUUGGAUCCCGAAGUGGUGAAAAUUGUGUUGAAGAGAUUGAGAGGGGUGUUGGGGUGCAAUACCAUCUUGUUGGAAUUGGGAGAGGGGUGUGUAAUUGAGCGGAAUUUGGAGAAUUUUGUGCUUGGAUUUUGACAGUACGAUGGAUUUUGAAAAUACGAUUGGCAAUCAUGGGAUUUGAAUCAAAUUCGUGUAUUGUGCUGCAGUUGUGUUUUAUGCUUCUGGAUGUGUUUAUUUGAAUAAUUUGGAUGGGAUUCUCUUCGAAGUUUUGAAUUGUUGGAGAUAUGUGAAAGUUUGUGAAACUAUGAUUGAAAUGAGUAGUUCUGGAUAACUCAGCUGGAUAAUUAUGAAUGUUUCUGCGAUUUGGAACAUUCGGUGUUUGUGCAUUGAUUUUACUGCCGACUGAUGGGGUGUUUGUAUUCCAAAGGAUGCAUCGGAGAAGUACCCAACUCGACCGAUGAAUCGAGGGGUAAAUUUAGCCGGAAAAAGGGAGUUGCCGAUUCUUCUCUUUCUUCGGCUUCUUCUGAUGAUUUCAAAGAUGAAGAAGAAGACCAACUUAAUCAGUUAAGUUUAACAAGGGACUCCGAUGUUGGUAUUAGCCGUUUAUCGAGAGUUUCGCAGCAGUUUCUGCCUCCCGAAGGAUCGAGAAAAGUUAGGGUUCCUAUAGGGAACUAUGAGUUGAGCUAUUCCUAUUUGUCCCAAAGAGGAUACUACCCGGAGGCACUGGAUAAGCCAAAUCAGGAUAGUUUUUGCAUACACACGCCAUUCGGAACAAGUCCGGAUGAUCACUUUUUUGGUGUUUUCGAUGGGCAUGGAGAGAAUGGUGCGCAGUGUUCACAAUUCGUGAAACAGAAAUUAUGUGAAAAUUUGCUUAGAAACAGCCGAUUUCAUAGCGAUGCUUUCGAGGCUUGUCACGCCGCCUUUUUGGCAACGAAUUCGCAGAUUCAUGCGGACAGCUUAGACGAUACAAUGAGUGGGACGACUGCGAUUACAAUACUGGUAAGGGGUCGAAUGAUCUAUGUGGCGAAUGCGGGUGAUUCGAGGGCGGUCAUAGCCGAGAAGAGAGGAGAUGAGAUUGUGGCUAUGGACCUUUCGAUCGACCAAACUCCUUUCCGGACUGAUGAGCUUGAGAGGGUCAAGCAUUGCGGUGCUAGGGUUUUGACUUUGGAUCAGAUAGAGGGUUUAAAAAACCCAACUGUGCAGUGCUGGGGGACAGAAGAAGGGGAUGAUGGCGAUCCGCCGAGAUUGUGGGUGCAAAACGGGAUGUAUCCUGGAACAGCAUUCACGCGAAGUAUUGGAGAUUCAAUAGCUGAAUCCAUUGGUGUGGUUGCGACGCCAGAAAUAUUUGUUAUGGAGUUAACGCCGUAUCACCCCUUCUUUGUGAUAGCCAGUGAUGGGGUGUUUGAGUUUCUCUCCAGCCAAACUGUAGUUGAGAUGGUUGCUAGAUAUAAGGAUCCUCGAGACGCAUGUGCAGCAGUUGUUGCCGAAGCUUAUCGUCUCUGGCUACAGUAUGAAACUCGUACCGAUGACAUUACAAUCAUAGUUGUGCAUGUUAAUGGGCUAACUGAUAUGGGAUCUGUUCAGACUGCAACCACUUCGCAAAUACAACCUUUACAACAAGCUGUCGAAGUGUCUGGAUCUGAAUCUCCUUCCACAUUUAAUUUGAAUUCUCGAAACCAAAGAGCACGACAUGAUCUUUCACGUGCAAGAGUGAGAGCGCUUGAAAGCUCCCUUGAAAAUGGUCACUUUUGGCUUCCCCCUUCUCCAUCACAUCGGAAGACAUGGGAAGAAAAAGCACAUAUUGAGCAGGCAUUACACGGCCAUUUUCUUUUUAGAAAGCUUACCGAUUCUCAGUGCCAAGUUUUGCUUGAUUGCAUGCGAAGAGUUGAAGUGAAGCCUGGGGAUGUAGUGGUGCAACAGGGCGGCGAAGGGGACUGCUUUUAUGUUGUAGGGAGCGGCGAGUUUGAAGUUCUAGCUAUUCAGGAAGAGAAUGGGACGGAAGUGACAAAGAUUCUGCACCGAUAUACAGCUGAGAAGCAAUCGUCCUUUGGGGAACUAGCACUGAUGUACAAUAAACCACUUCAGGCGUCGGUUCGUGCAGUGACAAGUGGAACUCUGUGGGCCUUGAAACGGGAAGAUUUUCGAGGAAUUCUGAUGUCUGAAUUUUCCAAUAUGUCAUCACUGAAAUUGCUUCGAUCAGUAGAAUUAUUUUCAAAAUUGACAAUUUUACAACUGAGUCGGAUUGCUGAGUCUCUCAUGGAAGUUUCAUUUGCAGAUGGACAAGUAAUAAUUGAUAAGAAUGACGAUCCUUCUGGUCUCUACAUUAUUCAAAAGGGCCGCGUGAGAUUGACAUACAAUCCAAAUGUGGUAAGCCCAGUAAUAUGCAACCUAUUGCCAGCUCGGCAUGUGGAGGGAGAUGACAGUGAAGAAACGGAAGAACAUGUGGUAGAGAUAGAAGAGGGAAGCCAUUUUGGAGAAUGGGCUCUAAUUGGACAGAGCAUUGACUCAUUAAUGGUGGUCUCUAUAGGCGAUGUGGUUUGCUCAGUUAUUACUAGGGAGAAAUUCGAGUCAAUAGUUGGACAUCUACCAAAACUUCCUUUUGAAGAUCGAUUGGCAAAAGAUUCUCUGGUUCCUUUGAAGGAAGCAAACAUAAAUGAUGCUCCUGCAACAGAUGUGAAGGUUCAAUUCUCUGACUUGGAAUGGAAGAUGAGCAUUUAUGCAACCGAUUGUAGCGAGACUGGUCUCGUUGUUAUCAAAGGUUCUGAUAGUAUAUGCAGCUUAAAAAGAUUUUCCAAGAAGAAAAUAAAAGAGCUUGGGAGGGAGGCGCAAGUCCUGAAGGAGAGAGACUUGUUGACGAGUUUUAGCACGUCAGCUUGUUUUUCACAAGUUCUGUCCACUUGUGCUAACCAAUCAUAUGUUGGAAUAUUGCUGAAUAGUUGCCUUACUUGUCCUUUGGCUUCUAUACUUCACUUACCCCUCGACGAGUCCUCUGCACGGUUUUGCGCUGCUUCCGUUGUUGUUGCUUUAGAAGAACUGCACCAGAAAUCUAUUCUGUUUAGAGGUGUCUCACCAGAUGUUAUAAUACUUGAUCGAUCAGGACGUUUGAAGUUAGUGGACUUCAGAUUCGCGAAGAAAUUAACCAGUGAAAGAACUUUCACAAUAUGUGGAAAUGCUGAUUCAUUAGCUCCAGAGGUGGUUCUUGGUAAAGGACAUGGAUUGGCUGUUGACUGGUGGGCCUUGGGCGUUUUGCUCUACUUCAUGCUCCAAGCUGAGAUGCCAUUUGGGUCGUGGAGGGUAAGCGAACUGGACUCCUUUGCAAAGAUUGCCAAAGGACAACUAACUCUACCCCACACCUUCAGCGCUGAAGUCGUCGACCUCAUCACAAAGUUACUCGAAGUCGUUGAGACUGCACGUUUAGGAAGUGAUGGUCCUGAUUCCGUGAAAAAUCAUUCAUGGUUCAAGGGUGUUGAUUGGAAAGGAAUUGCCGAUGGCACUUUCCCGGUUCCUGAGGAGAUAACUUCUCGAAUUGAAAUCUAUUUGAAGAAUAAUGUGGACGAAGUCGAACCCAUCUCCUCUCCGACUCAGGAUGUUGCCGAACUUAAUUCUCCAGAAUGGCUUGAAGAUUGGUAGAUGUCUUCUGAAGGAGAAAUUCAGGCAAGCUUCAUAAGCAAUAUCACUGUCUCAGAUACGCGAGCAUGUCUCUUGAUCAUUUUGAACAUGUCUUGUUCAAGCUACAUGCAGGAAAAAUCCCCUACAAACAUCGCGAUUCUUGCAUUGCUUGUCUGAAAUUCUACAACCUAUGUUUUUCCUUCUUGGUCUAUGAGCAAAGUGAUAGAUUGCAGGAAAGAAAUUAUAUCAAACGCUUCUUUUUCAGAUGCACCCCUCUUUACUACAGGGUGUCACUCUGCACGAGUCUUGAACCAGCAGAAAUUGAUAUCCAACAAUAGGUAAGGGUGCAACUGACAAUGAUGCGUCAGAUAAAAGAUUCUUUUUUCCCCUAGAAAUCGCUUAACGGAAUGUUGAUGGAGACAAAGUGACGAAGUCUUGCAGGUUAAGGGGUUAAAGUAUAGGAUAUUCUGCCAAUUUGGAUUUCAAAAAUUGGCGACUUGUUAGAGAGAGAAGCAGUUCGUCAGUCGCUCGUCAUGACAGGAAUUGUGCUUGUCGAUGAUGUUGAACCGAAGAAGCAAAAUCACAUAGCUCAAUUUGAAAGUAGCCAUAGGACUACAUUUGUUUACUAUACUUCUGAUGUGUAUGUAUGUAUCUUGUUGUGUACAUUACGAGGCAAAUGAAGUGAAUCAGGUUUAUUGUACUUAAUUAAAGGCAUGCGAUCAAACAAAGGCUUUCAAUUGUUUGGAAAACAUCUGGUGAGAAAUUUGUUGCGAAGCUUCUUGAUAAA